AUGUUUUCCGCCCUUGCGCUCCUCUCUGCGGCCCUUGUGCCGCAGCUCGUCAGCGGCCAGGUUCCGCGCCUCGGCGGUGUCAAUACUGCUGGGUUCGACUUUACAGUGUACACCAAUGGCAGCUUCACCAACAACGCUGCGGCUCCGCCCACUUGGCAGUACGCCCACUUCUCUGGCGAGGGUGCUAAUCUCUACCGUAUCCCGUUCGCAUGGCAGGAGAUGACGCCCACUCUUGGUGGCCCGAUCAAUGAGACCUUCUUUUACGAGGAAUACAACCCCAUCGUGCAGGCCGCUCUCGCAUCUGGCCCUGACUCUUAUAUCAUUGUCGACGUCCACAACUACGCUCGCUGGAACGGCGAGAUCAUCGCUCAAGGCGGACCCACCAACGAGGAGUACGCCUCGCUCUGGUCGCAGCUCUCCACCUUGUACGGGGGCAACACGCGUCUCCUGUUCGGCCUAAUGAACGAGCCGCACGACCUCGACAUCCCCACCUGGGCCGAGUCCGUGCAGUACGUCGUCAACGCGAUCCGCGCCGCCGGCGCGCAGAACUACCUCCUGCUCCCCGGCUCAAACUACACCUCCGCCGCGACCUUCCCGACGGGCGCCGGUCCCUACCUGCUCAACGUCACGGACCCGCUCGGUGGCACCGAAAAGCUCAUUUUUGACGUGCACAGGUACCUCGACUACGACAACAGCGGUACCCACGCCGAGUGCGUCACCAACAACACGGAAGUCUUCGAGACACUCGUCAGCUGGUUGCAGGAGAACGGCAACCGUCAGGCCAUCCUGAGCGAGACCGGCGGAGGCAACACCGCCAGCUGCGACGAAUACCUCUACCAGGAGCUCGCGUACAUCAAGGCCACCUACCCGAGCAUGGUCGGCUUCUCCGUCUGGGCCGCGGGCUCCUUCGCGACGAACUACAUCCUUUCGAUGACGCCCUACUCGAACGGCACCGACCAGCCCCUCUGGAACGUCGCCGUGAGGCCGAACUUGCCUGCUCCGGUGUAA